AUGAAAAAAUUUAAAUUUACUAAAAAUAUAAAAUUUAAAGGAUUAAACUUUAAUAAAUGUAAUUAUGGUAUAUGGGCUAUUCAAACUACUACAUAUGGAGUAUUAUCAACUAAACAUAUUAAUUUUAUAAAACAAUAUUUACAGAAAAAUAUUAAAAAAUUUAAUCAAUUUAAAUUUAAUAUUACUAUAAAUAAAGUUGUUACAAAAAAACCUUUAGAUACUAGAAUGGGAGGAGGAAAAAGUAUAAUAUCUGAAUUACAAUAUUGUUUAAAACCAGGUUUUAUUUUUUUAGAAUUUUAUAAUAUUCCAAAAAAUAUAUUAUUUUCUAUUUUUAAAAUAAUUAAAAAUAAAAUACCAAUAAAAAUAAAACUUAUUAAUAUAUUUAAUUAA